AUGGCGAAUCCAUGUUUUGGAACAGAGUUAAAGCUUUCUAUAUCGAUUACUCUGGCUCCAUUAUACGGCGUGGCACCGCUACCCACCAUCCUUGAAAACGUAGUGUUUCUGUUGCUCAUCUACAAAGCUCGCACCGUCAGAACUUUUUCUAACCUUCCACUGAACUCGUUAGCAAUGGCGGAUCUUUUAGUGGGGUUAAUCAUAGAUCCGUUGUGGAUUGCAAGGUGCGUAUUACCACGGCGUCCGUAUCAUAAUCCGUUUAAAAUCGCCAUCGACUUGUUAUGGAUUCAAACGAGUGUAACCACCACGUUUAACUUGUGCAUUGUGAGCUUGGACAGAUACAUUGCAGUACAGUCGGCCCUUCUGUACAAUCAGAUCGUCACAACAAGAAGAUGUUGCAUGGCGGUAGCAUUUGUAUGGCUCGCAUCUCUAGCGUUUGAAUUUUCAUGGUUCUUUGUUACAGACCCUGAAAAUUUAGUGGCACUAUGGAUGUGUGUGACGGUAGUGGUUAUUCUGAUCCCGAUGGUUUUGAUUAUUUUUUGCUACUACCGGAUUUUGGUGGUUGCCAAAGAACAUAUUGUAAUAAUUGAAAAUCACAAUGUCCAACGCCGGAGGCGUAGAGCUCGUCAUCGAGGGAGUUCGAAACCGAAAAACAACCAAGACGGUAAGCUUUAUGGUGGCGUUGUUCAUCAUUUCGUGGUUACCAAGUCGGGUCACGUCUUUCAUCCAUUUGAAAACGAGUGA